CCCGUUGUUGCUGUUCUGGUUGGAGUUGCUGUGUUCAGCUCAAACUGUGGAGGUUUUUAUACACGAAACAGGAAAUGCACACACCCGACCCACCUCACAGAUAAGUCAACAAAGAAAUGUUGCGAGCCAUCCCACUGCCCACCUCCACCCAUCUUCAUAUCUUUGGGUGGAGCAACAGUGCUCCUUUAUAAGUUGUACACCCAAGCAAGACAUGUACAACAAUCAACAAGGCAAGAUGGUUGCAUGGACAGACUUCGAGCGCGUCACGAUUAAGGACAUCUUCUCCAAGAUUGACUAUGAAGUCGUUGGCCCAGCAGCUAUUUCCAGGUGUCUGAUUGUGUACCCCUGGACUCAGAGGUAUUUCGCUGGCUUUGGAAACCUCUACAAUGCUGCUGCCAUCACAUCAAAUCCAAAAGUUGCUGCUCACGGAAAAGUCGUCAUGCAAGGUCUGGAAAAAGCUGUGAAGAACAUGGACAACAUCAAGGCCACAUUUACAGAGCUGAGCACGCUGCACUCUGAGAAACUGCAGGUGGACCCUGACAAUUUCAUGGUAGGCAAUGCUGAACUGAUGGUACUGCAUCCCAUUAAUUGUGUUGAUGUUGAGUCUCAUGCAUUUUUUGUUGUGUUGCAGCUUCUGGGCGACUGCCUGGCCAUUGUGGUUGCUUCUCAGUUGGGUGAAGACUUCACUCCCGAGGUCCAUGCAGCUUUCCAGAAGUUCCUGGCAGUGGUGGUGUCCUCCCUGAGGAGGCAGUACUAUUAGAGAGCUGCAGAGAACCAUCACAUGUUCUGUUUUUAAACUGUGUAAAUGAGCUUUCAAUAAAUCACCACUAAACAAA